AUGACAGAAUACAAGCUGGUUGUGGUGGGAGCUGGAGGCGUUGGCAAGAGUGCGCUCACUAUUCAGCUCAUCCAGAAUCACUUUGUGGAUGAAUAUGACCCCACCAUUGAGGACUCCUACAGAAAGCAGGUGGUUAUCGACGGGGAGACGUGUCUGCUGGAUAUCCUGGACACUGCAGGUCAGGAGGAGUACAGCGCCAUGAGGGAUCAGUACAUGAGGACAGGGGAGGGCUUCCUCUGUGUCUUUGCCAUCAACAACACCAAGUCUUUUGAAGACAUUCACCACUAUAGAGAACAGAUCAAGCGGGUGAAGGACUCUGAGGACGUCCCCAUGGUGCUGGUGGGGAACAAGUGUGACCUUCCGUCCCGGACAGUGGACACAAAGCAGGCGCAUGACUUAGCACGUAGCUACGGCAUUCCCUUUAUAGAGACCUCAGCCAAAACCCGACAGAGAGUGGAAGAUGCCUUUUACACUCUGGUACGGGAGAUCAGGCAGUACCGGCUCAUGUACGCAGCCGCGCACCCACCAGCUUUCUGUGUGUUGAUAGUGGGAAAUGCAGAUAAGGCGGUGGACGAGAACACCCGCAGAGUUGAGCUACAGGUGGAGUUCAAUCCGGCCUUUUCUUUAGCACUGAGGUUGAGUCUGGGAGGGGAAUCCAGCUCCUGGCUGAAGUGUGGCGUUGACGAUGCCUUUUACACAUUAGUCAGAGAAAUCCGGAAGCAUAAGGAGAAGAUGAGCAAGGAGGGCAAAAAGAAGAAAAAGAAGUCCAAGACAAAGUGUAUACUGAUGUGA